AUGGAGAGGGUAUCUGAAGUUUGCAUGUUAUUAUGGAAGGAUACUGCUAAUUUUGUGAGGGGGCUAUUGAGUUGUAGAGAUCUGAAUCUGAGGACGGCUGGUCUAGGAAGAGAGAGAAUUAUGAUGGCGGGAGAAGUAUGGGUGAGACCUUGGAUGCUGAUGGUGUGUGAUACUGCUCUGUCUCUCACAGACAACUCCUCCAUUAUGAAAGUCUCCCUAAAGCAGAACAAUAAAGCAUUGGCUCUGGCCCUCAAUGCAGAGAAAGCCAAUGCACAGCGGCUCACGCAGGAGAAGACCAUCUUACAGAAGGAGGUGAAGCAGUGCCACUUCCAGAACGCUGUGCUGCGGCACAGGCUCUCCUUCCUGAAUGAUAUGUUGAAAAAAAUGGACAAUCUUAUGGCUGCAGUUAAGAUGGCCGAGCUGUCUGAGUUCCAUAUAAAUUCUGCAUCCUUGUGCAGUGGCCAGAAGAGCAUCAUGACUGAAGAUAGCUGGGCUGAUGAUAUUGCAGAUGGUCAGCUUCUGAGGGUUACACAGAUACCGAUGAGAGUGCCCAUUUCCAAGCUGCAUGAUGCAGAGCAGCAAGCUGGCAGCUCCACAGCACUACAAACAACCUCAGGAGAACUUCAGAGACCUGCUUCUAAUGCAGGAGAACUUCAGAGACCUGCUUCUAAUGAGACCUUGAAAAUUGUGCCUGUUGCCCCCCAAAAUACUUUGCCACCACAGCAUGAUGAGGACCCUCAGUUCCACCAGGAAGAGAAUGGCAAAAAGGUGACUGAAGCAAUGGCAACAGAGGAGGCUUUUCAUGACUGUCACAUAUUUGGAGGUAAAUUUGCAUCUCUUGCUGUUCUUCUGGUAUGA